CGUACGAUGCAUGGGCCUCUUAUAACGUCUGGAGAUCGAGACCACACAGCUGCUGCCAUCUCUUUUCAUCUGAUCCACCUUCCGCUGUUGAAACUGCCACACCAUCUUCUUCACCACCACUCCUCCCAACCUGAAGACCGACGCCAUCCCCAGCAUUGCGCACUCAGUUUGUCCCCGCUGCAGCUCAGUCCCUUUUCGCUUCAAGGUUCAAGCUCUGGCCCCAGGCCGCUGUUUGACCCGAUUCCCCUUCAUCCAGCUUCACCCAGCUUUACCCAGCCCGGAAAAACGAAACCCCGACGCUCACGUGAUCCGGCGUCUGCGACAGCUCUUGGUCCGCCUGGCUUGUACACACGAGUGCUCGCAUCAAGCAGCCACGAACAAGCUUGCCGUGACGAAGUGGGGUUCCACCUAGGAAACUCUACUGCCGUCCUUCGCUCGACCCGCUACGAGAAAUCCCAUUCGCGACCGAGGAUUCCACUCCAUCUUGUCCGUCGCCCGGAACAUAACUUCAGGGCCGCAACAUUCAAGAUGUCUUCCUUUCACGAGAUGGACGAGAUGGACGAGAUUGACCAACUGACAGCUUCUAUGCCUUCGGGUACAGGAACCGGAGAUUAUGGCAUCGGUGCGGCAGCAACUUCGAAGAAGCGCAAAGACACCUCGAACGAUACCAACCCCAAGAAACAGCCAAAGAUCGAGAAAGAGAAGAAGGCUCCCGAGAAUCGCGCCAUCUACGUGACCAACAUUCCCCUAGAUGCUACGGCUGACGAGCUAGCUGACGUCUUCAAGAAGUACGGCAUGAUUGAUCAGGGUGUCGAUGGCACACCGCGCGUGAAGUUGUAUACCAAUGACAGUGGAGACUUCACCGGCGAGGCGCUGAUUGUGUACUUCAAGCGAGCCUCAGUCGACUUGGCUAUUCAACUGCACGACAACUACGAGUUGCGCCUAGGUGAUACCAAAAAUGGUACCCUUAGCGUACAGGAAGCAGACAAUACGCGCCGCAAGAAUACCGAUUCCGAGAAGAUAGCUGGCAAGCUUGUUCGGAAGGAGCGCAAGACAGCCGAGCGCACUCGUGCCGAGAUGCAGCGUAAGCUCGCCGAAUGGUCUGACAAUGAGGAGGAGGCCGAGAAGGCUUAUGCGCCUAAGAAGAACAAGUGGGCUAAGAUGUGCAUCAUCAAGAAGGUCUUCGAGUUGCACCAGCUUGAAGAGGAUGACGCUGCAAUCCUCGAAAUCAAGCAAGACAUGCGUGAGGCUGCUGAGAAGCACGGAGAAGUCACCAAGGUCGUUCUCUAUGACGAGGAGCCUGAGGGCAUUGUAUCGGUGCGCUUCAAGGACUUCGAGGCCGCCGAGAGUUUCCGCGCCGCGUUCAACGGACGACGAUACAACAAUCAAGGGCUGCAAAUCUCAAUUGCUGAGGAUCGUCCCAAAUUCAAGAAAAGCCGCAACGGCGGUGGUGAUGAUAGCGAGGAUGACGUCCAGAAGAUGCGUCGCUUUCUCCGAGAUGGCGAUGAGGACGACUCUGAUGCUUGAUCGCCUUUCUUCCGAUACCAAAAUCGGUUCCAAUAUCUUUGAUUUGCACGCUGGAAAUCGACCUCCUUUGUUCGCAUAGCCGACCAAGCU